GAAUAUGCGUAAAUCGGAGAAGGUAUUUGCAGAAGAAAAAAAACAAGAUAUAUAAAGUGCAGGAAAUAUAUAAGGUGCAGAAAAUCAAGUAGAUUAAAGUCAACUAAAAUAGAAUAUAGAAUCAGCAAGGAAAAGAUUAGAAUAACUCUCUCCAAUAGAAUUUGUAAAUUAUUUUAUAUAAGGUAGUUGAUAGAAAUAAUUAAAGGAGAAAAUUAAAAUGAUGUAUAAUGCAUAAUUGAAAAAUAUAUGGAACGAUAUUGGUAAGCCAAUCCUGAUAGUAGAAUUUUUAGCUUAGACUAAUUUUUAUGUUUACCUAAUUGGAAAUGUUUUAAGAAAAUUUUGAAUAUCAUUACUUCAUUUGAAGUAAAAGGGUUUAAGAAAUCUUUUUAAAUAAAAGAUGAUUUCUAAAUUUGUAGGUUUUAUGGUAGCGUUUAUUUCUAAAACAAUGAUAAUAAUUCUAUUCAAUAUGAAAUGAUAAACUUAAAGAUUUUGAAAAUAUUACCUGAUAUUUUAGAUAAUAAAGAAGUCUUUUUGUAAAUAUAAGUAAUAGCAUUUUCUAAAGAUAAUGAAUAUAACAAGUAGUAAAUAAUCAAAAAAAUUUUAAAGAUAGAAAACAUCGAAAAAAUUUUAAGAAAAUAUGAUCCAUAAAAGAAUAAUUUGGAAAAUAACUUUUUAAAUUGGUUAAUUUAUUUUAUUUAAUAUGUUGAUUUUGAAUCAUUAAAGAAUUUUGUGGAAAAGAAUAAAAAAUUAAUAGAAUAAAAUGACUAUAAUUAUGAUAUAUGGAGGGGUUAAAGUUGUGAGUAUGGGUUUUAAACAACACAGGAAGAACUUUAUAUAGGUUAAUUUUUUUUAAAUAAGUAUCAUGGUAAUGGAAGAUUGUGGUAAGAUUUCUCAUAAAAAAACAAAAAAAUAUCUGAGCAAUUUUUUGAUGGUAAGAAGAUAGAAGAAAAGUUUAAAUUUGCAAAACAAAAUGAGAAUAUAAUAGAUUUAGGGAUUAAUUAAAAUGUUUAAAUUAUUCCAAAAGAUGUAGAUAAUCAAUAAAAAGGAGAAUUUGUUAAAAGAGUUAAAGAUAAAUAUUAAUAUGCAGGACAAUUCCUAAAUAGUAAAUUUGAUGGUUGUGGUAUAAUGAAUUUUGAAAAUGGAAACUAAUACAAAGGAUAAUGGAAAGAUGGUUUAAUGGAUGGAAUGGGACAAUUUAUAUGGGUAAAUGGAGAAGAAUAUAUAGGACAAUAUGUAAAAGGUAAAAAACAUGGAUUUGGUAAAUAUCAAUAUUUAAACAAAAUAUAUCUUGGUUUUUUUAGAGAUGGAUUUUAAGAUGGUAUAGGACUAUUUAAAAAAGGAAAUGGUUAAUAUUUUGAAACUGAAUGGUAUAAUGGGAAAUUAGAUAUUUGAAUCUAAAAUUCUAUAUAAUAUUUAGUAGUUCAAAAAUAGAUUUUCUUUUUUAUUUAACAAUCAAAAUUUUAUUGAAAUAUUAUUUGUUCCUCUGGCUUAUCUUAUAUUAAUUGUGCAUUUUAAAAUGAAAAAGAAAAAAUUUCUUUGCCCUUUUCUUGAGCUAAUUAAAAAAAAAAUUUUAAUAAAUUAAAAUUAUCUUUUAACUUGAUCAUCCAUUCAAAUUUUUUUAAACUAUAUUUAUUUUU